AUGGAGACAACGGCUGGCAUCAUGGAAGUCCCUCAACACGAGGUCGUCGUGCCAGUGACUGCCCGCGCAGCCGCGGCAGAAGCCGUGGAAGAUGUUGUAUACGGCUCAGCUGCCGGCGUUAUCGGGAAAUAUAUCGAAUACCCCUUCGACACGGUCAAGGUUCGCCUCCAAUCCCAACCCGACAACCUGCCCCUCCGUUACAAAGGCCCCAUCGACUGCUUCCGCCAGUCUAUCAAGGCCGACGGUCUGCUCGGUCUCUACCGUGGCAUCACAGCGCCUCUCGUGGGCGCGGCGGCGGAGACGAGCAGCCUCUUCUUCUUCGAGCGUCUCGGCCGAGAGGCCAUCUUCCUGUCGGGCGUGGCGACCAGAGAUGAGCCCCUCUCGCUGGCAGCACUCUACUUCACCGGCGCCUUCUCGGGCUUCUUCACCUCGUACGUCCUGACGCCGAUUGAGCUCGUCAAGUGCAAGAUCCAGGUGCCGGCGCGCGCCGACGGCAGCGCCCCCGCGCCGCUCAAGCCGCUGCCCGUCAUCCGCGACAUCUACCGGCACCACGGCCUGCGCGGCUUCUGGCACGGGCAGCUGGGCUGCCUCAUCCGCGAGUCGGGCGGCGGCGCCGCGUGGUUCGGCAGCAAGGAGACGGCGACCAAGCUGUUCCGCGCCGUCAACGAAAAAGCGGCGACGACGCCGGCCGAGAGGGACGCGCUGGCGGCGGCGCCGCUGCCGCUGUGGCAGCAGGCUGUCGCCGGCGCCUCGGCCGGCAUCUCGUACAACUUUCUCUUCUUCCCCGCCGACACGAUCAAGUCGCGGCUGCAGACCAUGGCCAUUGGCGAGUCGGUCAAGGAGCGGACGUUCUGGAAAGAGGGCGCCCUCCUCUGGCGGCAGUAUGGCCUCGCGGGGCUGUACCGGGGCUGCGGCAUGACGUGCCUGCGGUCGGCGCCCAGCUCGGCGUUUAUCUUCAUGGUGUUUGACGGACUCAAGAGGCACUUUCCCAUUCAGUAG